AAUAUUUCUAUUUUCUCGCACAAGCCAAAAUUUUUCAUAACUUAAGAAUAUCCUCUUCUUAAUCGAUGGUUAUUUACAAUAAAACUGCCCCUUCCGUAGCUGAUUUGGAAGCACUUAAUUGGCUAAUUUGUGAUGACGUCAUUGAUGCUUUGGCAUGCAACAUAUUACUAUAAAAUGUUUUAAAGAAAUGAUAAAACGCAGUGGAAUGAAUAGAAGCGCUUAGAGAUGGAAGUGUACUCGAUCUUUUUCUUCGUCGCGUUAACGUUUGUUAACGUCGUGUUGGCUAACCGGAGAAUGAGUACUACUGAUGAAAUUGACUCGAUUAACAAACAUGCUGGAAUACACAUGGAGUUGAUGGAUGAGAAAACGGACGAGACAAGACUGGGAAAUCAUGACGCCAACCACAAGAUAGGACACGCAUUUUUGAAACGAUCAUUUGACAUCCGAUGGCCAAAUCGCGUCGUUCCUUACGUGAUUGAUUCAGCUUUUAGGAGUCGCAACAUCAAAGAUCCGUUGCUAAAAUACGCAACUGCUUACAUAAAGGGUGCGAUGAAAACAUUGGAAACCCUAACAUGCGUGAGGUUUAGAGAAUAUAAACUUGAAAAUGCUCCAAAACAUUUUGUUCACAUCAUCAACGGAGAAGGAUGUUGGUCGUAUGUUGGUCGAAAGCGGCGUGGUUCGCAAAGACUCUCGUUAAAGAUUGGCUCGUCCGUAGAAACGUGUUUACGCCAACCAAUCAUAUUGCACGAGUUAUUGCACGUGCUUGGCUUCAUUCACGAGCAGUGCAGAACUGACCGAGAUUCUUUUGUUCAAGUCUAUCAAGAAAAUAUUGAAGCAGGGAGAAGCAAGGAGUUUGGUAUCGAGUUAUCGUCAAGAAAUGUCGUCCAAGAAUAUGAUCCAUUAAGUGUUCUGCAUUAUUCCAACAAAGCGUUUUCAAAAAAUGGUAAACAAACACUCAUCUGGAAAAAAAAUCCAAACAAACCACUUGGCGGUAUCCAGAUUUCAAAACUUGACAUUAAAAAAAUAAAUGCAGUUUACUGUCAAAACCCAUCGACGGCUAGACCUGCGGUAACGACAACUUCGCCAGCACAUACUGUUGUAACUACGCGUAUACCGAAAACGAAACGAAAAAAAACAACCCCCGUAAAAACUUCGAAACCAAAAAAAUGGUGGCCUGCAGCUUGCAAAGACAGACUCCGCUACUGUAGACAUUUGAUAGUGUUUCGUGGGUACUGCAAAUUGUAUGGUUAUCGCUGUCCAAAAACAUGCGGGUUGUGCUGAGGAAAAAUACCACACUCGAUGUGUGAAUAUCCUGUAUAUAUCUGUGCAUAAAAAUUGAUAUAUUUAGCUUGGCUUAAAGCAAGAAACACAAUUUAUUUUAUAAAUUUUCUCUUCAGCUCCUUGUUAAAGCAUAAUCAGAUCGUGUAUGGUUCAGCAAAUAAAAUAAUGUUUUUUACUUCCAACUCAGUCAAGUAUAUAUUUCUAUAGUUAUGGAUUUGUAUUUAUCUUUAUGUUUGUGUGUUGCAAGGUACGAGUUACGAGUGUGUAGAAAAAGCAACAGAAUCUUUAAUCCGUACCUCCGAAAAAUAGCGCUUUUUUGGCACCAUGAAAAAAUGCUUCAAUUUAAGAUAAAUCUGAGAAUCAAUGAUGAAAGAAGUAAUGUUGUUUUUGAUUUAGAACAAAGUUAAAGUAACGUAUAUACUUUUUUAUUAGAACAAUUUUAUAAGAACAAUAAGGCUGAGAAUAGUGAAAAAAUAGGCAAAAUUUCGGAGAAUUACUUUUUACUAAUAUUCGAAAUUUGUACUUAGGUUUUACAUUAUAAAAAUUGGAUCGUAGUGUGAGAGAUAAAUAAAAAUUGUCGAAGAUAAGAAGAACAUAAGAGUAGUUGCAGGCUAACAUGUGAAAAAUAAGAAAACCACAGGCUGAAACCAAGUUUCCAGGUUGUUAUUGAAAAAGUGUAUAAAUAUAUUCUCUUCGAUUAUGAAAAACAUAGAAACAAAAAAAGGACUGGUAAGUAAUGCGUUAAAGACCUAUUCUUUUUAAUUGAUAACAACAAAGGUUUUACUAAUCAACUAACAAUUUUCUUUCAUACUGUAUUUAUUAAUAAAUUUUAUAUUUCUUAUUUAUUGAAUCUUGUAUUCAAACCUUAUUUAUUAAUAAAUAGUCAAUUCGCACGUUCUUACAAUGAAAGUUGAUUGUCCGACACUGCAAGAUUUGGCAGUUAAAUUAUAUUUGUCGAAGAAAGGGGUUUCAAAAUGAACAAAUUUAGGCCUAAUUUUUUAACGUUUCUUUUUUUCCGUUUGUGUUUUCUAAGUUUUUCGCGCAUUUUUUGCUUUCAUUUUUUCAGCGCCUUAAGAACCAAAACAAUUUAAAAUUAAAAAUUAGUUAAGUAUACAUUUUUAGUUAAAAUUAUUAAUUAAAAAAUUUUCUUUGUAUUUAAGAUUAUUAGCUAUUCACUUUUAUUCCAAAUUUAGUUGUUUCGCGGUUCUUCAGCCGCUCGGUAUUUUUGUUUGCUUGCAUUUUUCUAUUUUGACAUGUUAAUACUUCCCAAGAGAAGUGUUAAAACCGCAAGGACCUUCUUGUUGUUUCAAGUUUCAGUCUUUGUCAAAAGGUAAAAAAAAGAUUAUAUCCAUUUUGUUUGACAGACCAGUACCAAUUUUCUGAAUCGAUGUUAUAUUUUAUUGUUUUUUUUAUAACUAUGUUGUAAUGUUGAUAGAUGUUAUCUUCCUAUAUCCUGUGUGAUUAUUCCCCCGGUCGGCAAAUGUCACGUGAGGCUUUUAAACGAAUCACAAAUUAGCAUUUCUUUCAGGGGUAACCAGUAUUAUUUGGGGAAAAACGCGGUGCUUACGCAGUCAGCUCCUUAAAAGAGUCUUAUUCAAAAAGUGUCUCACUGACAACCUCGUCCCCGGGCUUUUUGUCUCUCGGUCGAAAAGGGUUCAUCUCGCCGUCAGAUGCGCAAAAAUAGACAAGAGGUCCUGGUAUCGGGGUUGUUUCGCUGACAUAUUGUUAGGUUAUUUUUUUGUACUUUAGUUUUUGCUACUUUGAAUUCUUUAAUUUAUAGUUUUUGUAGUUCUUGUUUAACCAAAACUAACCACAAGUAGUACCACGUGACAUUGCGACCUCGUCCCCAGGAUGCAUUCCCACCAAAAUAUAUAAAAUAUAUAUAUAAAAAGACAAAAUCACUGUAGACGACGUUGUGGGUUGUUUUAUUCCUAAAUGUAGAUUAUGAACAAUUUAAGCCUGACCCCCAGUGCUUUUUUAGCUGCAGUGCAAAAAAGCACUGGGUGGUAGCAUGCGAAAUGAACACAAAUUACACCUGAUUCUGCACAGUGUCAUAAUGCAAAAAAAGGAAAGAAAAUUUUCUGUAAUGGAAAUCUCUGUAAUUGAAAUUUCUGUAAUGGAAAUCUCUGUCAUGGAAAUCUCUGUAAUGCUCGUCUUCAUUUGCAUAACAAGCACGUGAAGCGAUAAAAAUGUCCGACAACAUUGACAUUCG